AUGGACUCUUCUCCCACCGCCGCUGCCCGCCGCGCGGCGGCGAUCGCCCGCCACCUCGCUGGCCUCCCCUUCGGUGCCGCCGCCGCCGUGGCGGGGCUGCAGUUCUCCCCGUGCCUGAGCUACGCGCCCCCGGAAUCGUCCGGGGCCCCGCCGGCGUUCGCGCCGAUGGAGCUCCGAGCGCUCCUCGACGGGCACCACCUGAGGGAGCGCGACUGGGCGUACGGCGCGAUGGAGGAGAGCCCGCUCUUCUGCCCCCGCCGCGCCGGCGGCAAGGUGUUCGUGUCGCCGGACUACAACGAGGGGAAGGAGGGGCAGAGGGAGGCCACCAUGCGCCGGAUCGGGUACCUCACGCGCCGGGGCGUGUUCCGUGGCUGGCUCACGGAGCCAGGGCCCGACGCCGAGCUUCACAAGCUCGCGCUGCUCGAGUGCCUCGGCGUCUACGACCACUCCCUCGCCAUCAAGGUCGGCGUCCACUUCUUCCUCUGGGGAGGCGCUGUCAAGUUUCUUGGAACGAAGCGCCAUCAUGACAAAUGGUUGUUGGACACAGAAAACUAUGUUAUCAAAGGUUGUUUUGCAAUGACAGAAUUGGGUCAUGGGAGCAAUGUACGAGGAAUUGAGACAGUAGCAACUUAUGAUUCCAAAACAGGAGAGUUUGUGAUAAAUACUCCCUGCGAGUCAGCUCAGAAAUACUGGAUUGGUGGAGCUGCUAAUCAUGCUACACAUACAAUCGUCUUUGCUCAGCUCCAUAUAAAUGGAAGAAAUGAAGGAGUCCACGCUUUCAUAGCUCAGAUCAGGGAUCAAGAUGAAAAUGUGUUGCCUAAUAUCCAUAUAGCUGACUGUGGCCAUAAGAUUGGACUAAAUGGUGUUGAUAAUGGUCGGAUUUGGUUUAACAAUAUACGUGUUCCUCGAGAGAAUUUGCUGAAUCUGGUUGCUGAUGUUUUGCCAGAUGGGAAAUAUGUUAGCAUGAUAGAUAACCCAGAUCAGAGGUUUGCAGCAUUUUUGUCCCCUCUUACUCUUGGCCGGGUAAAUAUUGCAGUUAACGCGGUUUAUAUUUCAAAGGUAGGCCUAGCAAUUGCUGUGAGAUAUGCUUUGUCAAGGAGGGCCUUUUCAAUUACACCAGAAGGUCCUGAAAUGCUGUUACUUGAUUAUCCCAGUCACCAGAGGCGCCUCCUACCUUUGCUCGCAAAAGUGUGUAUGAUGAGCAGUGCUAGUAAUUUUAUGAAAAAUGUGUAUGUGAAAAGAACACCUGAAAUUAGUAAAGCGAUACAUGUUUACUCUAGUGCUCUGAAAGCUACAUUAACCUGGCAGAAUAUGACCACGCUUCAGGAGUGUCGUGAGGCCUGUGGUGGCCAAGGUUUAAAGACCGAGAAUCGCCUUGGAAUUUUCAAAGCCGAAUUUGAUGUUCAGUCUACAUUUGAGGGUGACAAUAAUGUUCUACUCCAGCAGGUAAGCAAAGCCCUAUACGCUGAAUUUUUAACGACGCAAAGGAAGAAGAAGCCAUUCAAGGGAUUGGGAUUGGAACAUCUGAAUGGCCCUUGCCCUGUUAUUCCCCAUAGUCUGACAAGUGACAUAUUAAGGAGCUCCAAGUUCCAGAUGGAUUUGUUCUGCUUGAGGGAGCGGGAUUUACUGAAACAGUUCGCAGAGGAGGUAGCUCGCUAUCUGGCACAAGGGGAGAGCAGAGAAAGGGCUCUGAUGCUGAGCUACCAAAUUGCUGAAGACUUAGCUAGAGCAUUUACUGAGCGGACAAUUUUGCAAAUAUUUUUGGAGGAUGAGAUGAAUGCUCCUGCUGGUUCUUUAAAGGAUGUAUUGGGGUUACUGAGGUCUAUGUAUGUAAUGGUGUGCAUAGACGAAUCUGCAUCUUUUCUGAGAUACGGUUAUUUGUCGCGGGACAAUGUAGCCACCGUGAGGAAAGAAGUCAUGAUACUGUGCAGUGAACUCAGGCCCCAUGCGCUUGCUAUUGUCGAUUCUUUCGGAAUCCCUGAUGCCUUUCUCAGUCCACUUGCUUUCGACUGGAUCGAAGCAAAUGCUCUAUCUUCCGGGAGCGAAUGA